UUACAGCUUAAGUGCUUCUUUCAGCCAUGCCAUUUAAAAGACGUUAGGAACGUCUGGACACCGUUACCAUGACGACAGUUACAACAAACUUCAACGAGUAAAUAAGUUUCGGUGUCUGCGGGCAAAACUUAUUUUAUUUUUCCUUUGUGUUAAAAAAAGGGAAGUGAAAAAUGAUUCCUACAUCCGAUUCUCUUCUUAAAUACAAUAAUCCGAUGUUGAUCAAGAAUUCAGAGACUAAAUCUCCAAAGCAGCCAUCAGAUUUCCAACCAGCUACUCCACCUUCUAAAUCAAAACCUGCAACGAGUGAAGACAAUAAGGAAACCAAGGAGGUCCUGGAAGCCAUUUUUCCACCCAGGGAAUGGAUGGACGGAAACCAGCUUUGGGUGCAGAAGGUAUCUACUGCUCCGUCUACAAGAGCAGAUGUUAUCCAACUGAAGGAAAAGCUGGAUACAAAGCUGCAGCAGAGACAGGCCAGGCUUACAGGCAUCUGUCACAUCCGCAGACAGCUUUAUUCUCAGUGUUUUGGUAAGGACUUGCUGGGGAUGCAAUCAAUAUACCCACCAUCAUACACUUCUAAUGAGAAGUUUACAUUGCUACACCAGGUUGUCAACACAUACGUUAAAGUCCUCCACAAGAAUUAA